AUGCCGGAGUCUCACAUCCAAGGUAUCGACGACGCCCCCAACCUCGACGCCGCCUGCCGCAAGCGCACCCGCAUCUUCCCGCUCGAUGAGGACGGCGACGAGAUCCUCGACCAGCACAGCUCCUUUGUCGUGCCCUCCGUCGCGCGCCGCCACGAGAGAGGCUCCUUCGGCGGCGUCGACUCGCUGCUCGCGAAGCGCACGAAGAGGCUCCAGGAGGAGCGCGAGACGGGGAACAGACGCUCCACCAAAGACAAAAAACGCCCGGCGAGGAGCAGGAGGGAGGGGAGCAGACUCAGCAAGCUUAUUGCGAGAUGUAAUACUGACGAGGAGGUCGCCGAGUUAAAAGCCGCCUGGGAGAUUCCGGCCGGGAGGCGGAAAGUCUGCGCCUUGACCGGCUCCUCGUCAGAGGAAGAUAACGAUGACGCCCCCCCGGUUAGGCGAAGGAGGACUAGGGGGGCCAAGAAGGAUGCGCACCAGCCACCGGCAAAGAGGAGGAGAAGGACAGCUCGCGCAAUUCUCGACAGCGAAGACGAGGGCGAGAAAUCUGUACAUGAUGAUCAAAAUGACUCUGAUAGGGAAAGUGAGGAGACUCCGAAGCGGCGUGGGAGGUCAAGCGCAGAGAGCAGAAGGCUCCGAAAGGAGAGACCUUCGCGACAGGACCGUGGGAAGAGCGUUCCACUGCCGAAAUCGCGUGGAACUCUCAUGGAGAGGCUCAGCUCGAGAGCAGCCGUGCCAAGUAAUGGUACCGAGAAGCGGAGACUCACUCGUGCCGCUGCUGCCAAAAUGAAGGAGGCUGCAGGGCGGGAAAAGCCGGGCACGCGAGGUAGGAGACGUAACAGGCGAGAUGAGGUCACGGAAUUAUCCGAUUCGGAAGAGGACAUCGAAGCUGACUGUGAAGUGGCGAAUGGGAUGCUGAGCGACUCAUCGAAUGAAGGGGAAGAGGACGUUGGCGCUAUGGAAGCUGAGAUACUUGCUGGCGAGGAAGAUGACCAGUCGGACUUGGAUUUCGUAGACGAAGAGCCCGCGCCCAGCCCCCGAAAGAGACGGAACAACAGAAAGACGCAGAAGAAGAAGAACAACCGACGCAAGAGAACCCGCCCGAAGAAUGCCUUCGAGUCCAACGUUGAGGAACUCUCUGCGAGAGAGCAACGGCAAAGGCUCGACUUUUUGGUCAAGCAGAGCGCAGACAUCGCACGAGAGCUGCACAAGGCGAUGGCUGAUGCUGCCAACGAACGUCCAAACGGUGGACCAAAGUCUCCAGCUCGCAAGGGAGAUUCGCAGGCAGCAACAGGAGACACCUCAGGAGUGGAAGUUGUGCAGGAGUCUUCGCAGUCGGCGCCGGUAGUGGAAGAGGAGUUUGCGCAACCGACUGCCGAAGGGAAAAAGCUUCAGCCACAUCAAACAGAUGGUGUCAAGUGGCUUCUCACACUUGACGCCCAAGGACUCAACGCGAUUUUGGCGGACGAGAUGGGGCUUGGGAAGACUAUUCAGACUCUGGCGUUUUUGGCGUCGCUUGUCAUUAACGGAAAGCGGGGUCCCCAUUUAGUCGUUGCACCAAAAAACGUGUGCGAGCAUUGGGCUGCCGAAGUGCGUGCUUGGUACCCUGGUCAGAUUAAUAUCGUGACCUAUUUGGGCCAUGCCGAGGAACGUCUUGAAAAUAUGAGGGACUAUCUUGAGGAGGACAAUUUUGAUAUCAUGGUAACUAGUUUUGAAGUUGCCCUUCGAGACCUGUUCCAUCCCAAACGACAUGUCGAAGGCGUUUUUGCGCCGUAUUCGAAGGUGCUCCGUGCGUUUCGGAAGGUCGAGUUUGAAUAUCUUGUUGUGGACGAAGCCCAUCGCCUAAAGAACGACAAGUCACAGAUGAAUAUUGGAAUUCGUAAUUACAAAUGUGCACAACGCAGACUGCUUCUAACAGGCACUCCUCUUUCGAAUGAUCUCAAAGAACUCUGGUGUUUGAUGAACAUUCUCAAUCCGAAGAUUUUUAGUAGCAAGGCGAGAUUUGAGACAUGGUUCUCUGCUCCUUUUGAAUCCGGAAGGGGGUCGAGAAAAGGGGCAAUGACUCACGCGGAACAAUCUGCUAUUGUCGAUCGGCUGCACACUAUCAUUAGACCGUUCUUCCGGCGCAGGGUACGAGCGGAUGUAUGUCCGUCGUUCACGUCGGCGGAUGAGAUUUUGAUCCGAUGUCCGAUGAGUAAUUUGCAAAAAGCUCUCAUGCUACACUUUCGACGACGUGCAGACGAUAAGGAUGCCUCCAAGAAUAACAUACUAAUGGCUAUGCGAGGAGUAAGUAGUCAUCCGUACAUGUCGUCGCAUGCACUCUACGAUGGAGAACAAUCCCAAGCCACUCCCAGACUCGUCUCCACGUGCGGAAAGUUUGCUUUCUUACAUUACAGUUUGCCACGUCUUCUGGCUGGAGGACAUCGCGUGCUGAUUUUCUCUCAGUUUCGUAGAGCACUCGACUUUUUAGAAGACUUGAUGGACCUUCUUCAUAUCAAGUACGGCAGACUUGAUGGUAUGACAACCUCCGAGGAUCGAAUUGCAGGAUUGCGAGCGUUUAAUGCACCGGGGUCUGAGCUUCAAGUGUAUUUGUUGUCAACAAGAGCUGGUGGAGUUGGUAUCAAUCUACAAACUGCAGACACGGUCAUUCUGUUUGACUCAGAUUGGAACCCAUCUGCCGAUCUUCAGGCUGUCUCCAGAAUACAGCGCAUUGGGCAAACCAGAACGGUGCAUAUUAUGCGGCUGUUGACUGAGAAUGCCGUGGAUAGUAUCAUUUUAGAGACUUCGAAGCGAAAACUGAGAACUCAAGCAGUAGCGGUUGGAGCUGGAAAGUUCAACACAUCCAGUGGAGCUGCAUUGGAUCAAAAGUUGAGGCAGAAAGAUCUGGAGCAACUCAUACAAGAGCUUGAUAUACAAGCGUUUUUGCCCAUCGAAGCUGAUGACGAAGUCACUGUUGUUCCGACAGCGCAGAGCAGUCCGGAAUCCAUAUCCCCAGAUAGUCUGGAAAAAUCUGUACGGGAAAAGUAUUUCAAAGAAUGGUCCCGGCAAUUGCUUAGGCCAGGUGAAACGGAGCUGCCUGAUGUUGCACAAGCGGCUAUUUGGUUGGAUUCUGUCGAGGAUUGCGCUGGAUGUGAGGUUCCGAAGUGGUUGGGGAGGGAUGCCGUUCUUGUCGCGGCUGGAAGAGCACUGGAAUGCAUGAAUCGAUUUGCUGCGGCUCAAGUUUACGAGGAUACUGUUCAAUCGAUUGCUCUAGUUGGGGCGUUCAGCAAAAAAGACAGGGCGAGCCGUGCGCGAAGAAAGACUGUGGCCGACACGUUCUUCGAUUUGGGGUCCGAUGGUGACGGUGACGAAGACCCGAGCGAGGACCCCACGAUAAGCAUUGAGCAACCAUCGGACGUUAGCGACGAUGAAUACUUUGAAGCAGAAGAUGGCCAAAGAAAUGAUGGUGAAUAUUUGGAAGCAGAAGAUGGCCAAAGAAAGAAACCCGAUGGGAAGCCUGGAAGCGUUGUUACUCCAUCUCCGCUGAAACCCCCAAGUGCUGUCAACGGUCAAUUGUCAUCGCCUACAAUCACGGGAGGCCCAAGAGUAGGCACUGAACAGACACCCGGCAUAAGCAAGUCAAGGUCGGGACCGACUAUGUUUCCGAGCACAGGCAUAUCGCCAAACCGCCAGACACCAGCUUUGCAAAACUUGAUCUCACCGCAAGUCUCUGCCGGAGGGGUUCCCGUCCCGGGGCCGGGGCAAGCUCUAAAAGCGUUGCCAAAUUCCUUGCACGGAAUUCAAGCAAGUAUGCAACCCGUGAAGUCAGCCUACGCACAACGCCCUCUGGUGCCUCGCUCCACAAGUGCUAUUCAGUAUCUGGCUCUGGGUAGUAGAAAUACUGGAGCACAGGCAUCUCCGCGACCUGCUCUCCCACAGGUUAAAUCCGUUUCCAAACCAAGACGAACAGCAAAGAAAAGCCCGGCGGAAUCACGGCGACCCAGAGUCACUGGCAGUACUGGGCUCCCACAAGCUGUGACUCCUUUGAGGAAUAUGUCAGCCUUUCGAAAGACACCUAUUCUUCCCAAACCGAUGUACAUGCCGAUCCACAUGCGAUAUCCCGAGGUUUCGCACCCCAUGGUUUCACCCCCGUUAAUGCGUGGAAUUCAGGCACAGCAUGGAAAUGCCAGACAGGGAGGUGUGAAAACUGCACAUUCGCAGUCGCCUGGGGAAGGGCGACGUCAAAACUACGCCUCUGGACUGGUUGAAACAAAUAGAAUGGUAGGCAAGGGAGCAGGCUUGGGUGCCAUACAAGGUACAGCGCCACAUGGAGCUAGGUUUUUGUCACAUGGCAUGCCCACCGCGGCGUUAGGGCAUAGCGCACCAACUGGUGCGACGUCGGCAUUUCCCAGCCCGCCAUUGCAGAGAAGUUUCAGCAAUGCUACGGCAUCAGUUCAAAACGGAACCAGGGUGUCGAACGUGCAAGCCCAUGUGAUAAGACCAGCAUGGACAGGCGCACCACUGGAUUCCACGACGUCGUUUCAGAGACAUCGGAAGGAUGCUAUCCCUUUGGUUGCAAUUCCAACGGGAGGCGUCGGGACGGUACCAGCACCAGCAGCGCGGCAAAGUAAUGGUGCGCUUCAGGGCUCAGCGGGUAGUGUCGGAGUGGCGAGCGCUGUGGGGCAGCAAAUUUUGGCAGCGCCAUAUGGUGCUCGAAUGGAGGGAUUGGGCGGGACGCCAGGGACACUUGAAAGAAGAAAUAGUUUGUCUGAUCCCGCCCGCGAUGGGAAUGGACUUAUGUGGCGACCAUACAGCGCUGCUGCUGCUGCGACUGGCUCUGCGACUGGCUCUGCGACUGGCUCUGCGGCUGUUGCUGCGGCUGCGGCUGCGGCAGGUGCCCCGAAGGGCAGCGAAGUAGAUGGCAAGUCGAUGGGUGGCAGACAACGAGGCAAGGCGGGAGAGACGCUGAGAUCACCCGCUGGUGCGAUGGCGUCUGCUCGGCUUGCGGCGAUAGUUGCGGAUGCGCCACGCGUGCAAGGUGAAGCAGCAGAUCAGGGGUCUCCGCUGUUUAGCCGGAACCCGCGGACGAUUGGGCGGGGAGGGGGCUCUGCCAGGCGGGUGCUGUCCCUGGGUGGUGCGGUCGAAACGGACAAGGUUUACUCGGUCAAGGACCUGCAAAGGUACAUGAAGAGUGUGGAACAGCGGCACGGGACGCGCGGGGUUACGGCAGAGACUUUCGGGGCGCUCGUCAAGCAGCUGCAGGACGCGACCAAGGUUAACGACAUCGACUUUCUCGCGGACGCGCUGCUCGAGAGCGGGUGUAACAUCGGGGACGCGGCCGACUACAUCUACCAGCGGAUCUCUUAAAAAUAGAAAUGACUUAUAUAACUUAUUAUUCACUGGAGCGAUUGCAAAA